AUGAAGGUAUUACUCACUUUUUUGAUUGUAUCUUUGGCAGUUAUCUCUGCUCAAAUUGAUCCCAACUGUGAUGUCUUUGACGUUAGUGCUGCCAAGAUAGAUCCAACUUACUAUCAAGGUACUGGAGGUCAUGCUAUGUUCUUUGGUGACUCUAAGAUUCCAAGCGGUAUCAUUGAGUGGGACUUCUACCAGAAUGAGGCCAUCAUCCAGAAUGACGGUGAAUUCAUUGCUCUCUCUGGCACUCUCAUCCCACCAGGAAAGACCUCCCCAUUCCUGGAGAUCAAGAUGGUUCUCGAGAAGUCCAAGGGUUCAUUCCCACCCCACAAGGAGUUGAAGCCAGAUGCCUACGUCCCAUUCGGCCCAGUUGACCCACAGACAUGGAUGUACUACAGACUCAAGACUUCAACCAUUGAGGCUCACGGUGCUCCUCUAGAGGGAAUGAACAUCGAGUUGUCUGAGCACAUGGAUAUGCCAAUGCAAGUCGGAAUCGGUGCCAACGGAAAGAACAUCGUGAACGGAAUGUCUGGCUGGUACAACUUCAAGUUCACCAAGGAUGGCAAGGUCAUCUACACUUCCGAUCAGGUCGUUGACUUCAACUUGAACAUCAAAUGCACUGACUGCCCACUUGGAUACUACUCUGCCUACCCUGCCGACAAGCAAGCCCUCUUUGUCAGUGCCUCUGACAUGACCCCAUUCGCUGGCUACAGCCAAUGGCACUUUGCUGAGAACUCUGGAAUCGUCCAAUUGAACCCAGACUUCAGCAUCACGGUCGGAGGUGUCUACAUUCCUCUUGGAAAGGAUGCCCCAACCAUGGUCUGCACCAUGGACUUCUACCCAGAUUUGGAUACCUUCCGCUCAAUGAAGAUGGAGCUCCCAGCCGCUGACUACUUCCCAACUGGACCAGUGGACGUUGGCACCUGGGCCCUCUACCGUGUCAACACCACCAACUCGCUGUGCAGCGUUGAUACUGGCUACACCAUCAUCAUCACUGACGACAAGAACAUGCCCGCCCAAGUUGGAGUUGGAGCAAAUGGCAAGAACACUGAUCUUGGUCUCUCUGUCUGGAUGGGCUUCCAGGUCAUGAGACCAGAUGGAUCUAUCUACCAGAACCCAUCUGAUGUCCUUGACAUCAACAUUGGAUUGGUAUGCUUGUCCUAA